UUGAAUCACGUGACCCCACUUUUCCUCUUUCAUGGACAUCACAUUUCGUCUCUCUCUAGUUUCUGUCUGUAACAACAAUGGAGUCCCGAGUUCUCUCCGGCGCCAACACAAUCUCUCUCCAUCGAUUUCUAUCUCCUCUGCAAUGCUUCCACCAAUCGCCGCCAUCUCCACCAAUCGCCGCCACCACUAUUCUACACAGACCUCCCCUGAGGUAUUCAAUCAUUCCACUCAACGCUCAAAUUCAUCUAUAUUUCUACAAACAUAUGUGUGUGUAUAUAUAUAUGUGUGGUUCAACUUAUUCUUUCCGUUUUUGUAUUUUAAUCUUGUGGCUCUGCUUGCUAGUGGGGAUGUGUUGGCUUUAGUUUUGUUCUCUGCAAUCGGAAGUUUCAGUCAUGGUGGUAAACCGGAUAUCUCUCUCACUCUCAAUAUAAUAAUACAGCAGUGGACUGGGUGUGGUGGACCGGAGACGGCGGUGGUGGGUGGUGGUUCGCUCGAGACUCGUCCACUAAUCUAGAAAUCAACUUCAAUCUGGUUGGCUAUGAUUUCGAAUCAGGGAUUUUUUUUUUUUUUUUUUUUGCAACAAUGCAUUAAUCUGGUUCCAUCAUUGUCUUCAAAAAUUACUUAUCUAUAUAUAUAUAUAUAUAUAUAUAUAUAUGUAUAUAUUAGAUGUAUAUGCAUAGAUCUACAUCCUAUGUGUGAGAGGAGUUAGAAAAGAGAAGGAGACAGUUUUUUCCCACCGAUCAAAAUGAGCUGCAAGUACAAGUACAAGGAAAAAUGGUUUUAUGCAUUAGGAGGGGCAAAAAAGUAAAAAAAAAAAAAAAAACUGCUUUUUUCCAUAAUAUUCAGGACCCUCUAGAUUCCAACCCACUUUACUUUGCUGUUGAAGUCUCAAAUUUUCUCGUUCUCAUUCUAACAGUCAACCCUCACCCCAUGGAAGCAAAAACUGGUAAUACAGUACGCUUAAGAUGGACGAUUGAGAAAUUUACAAGGCUGAAUACCAAGAGGGUAUACUCUGAAAGUUUCUAUGUUGGAGGAUACAAAUGGCAUGUAAUUAUAUAUCCAAAGGGAAACAGGGAUGCAGACCAUUUGGGGAUCUAUUUAGAUGUUGCGGAUUCAGAAACUUUGCCAUUUGGGUGGACUAAAUACGUAAAAUACAACUUCUCUGUGAUCAAUCAUAUUGAUAACAAGUCCACAGUGAAUAAAGGCUGUGAGCACCAGUUCCAUUUACAACAAAAUAAUUGGGGUAUCUCAAAUUUCAUGCCUCUUAGUGAACUGUAUGACCUUGGUAGAGGUUAUAUUGUGAACGAUACAUGUGUAGUUGAAGUUGAUUUUCCUGGCUUGCGUUCAGUUGAACUUAAGGUUGAUGCGGCAAAGACUGCCUCGGCCAAAGGUGAAACUCCCAAGUCUACUUCUCAAGGGGAUAUUGAUAGGAACACUAGACAGACUGCUUCUGGUACCGAUACAAUCCCGCCUCAAACUGAUACCUUGGACCCUCCUCCUGCCAGUAAAUCAGCAACCGAAGCAAUCAAGACUUUGGUCCCCCAAACCACUCCAAUUGUUGAAACGGAAUCAAAGGUUAAAUCCCCUCAGGCCAAAGAUCCGGAAGUUGAGUUGCCGAGGAGUACUCCAACGAGUGCUCCUCCUGAGUCAUCUUCAUUUGAUGACAUUGGUGGAAUUUGGCAUAUCUUAACCAAACCCUUCGCAUGGGCUCGAUGCACACUUGUCUGGUCGGGAGAGGCUUACUUAUCUUAUAGGUUAGGUGCUUUAGCGGUUUUUGGUUUCAUUGCUUGUUGCUUUGUCGGUUUCAUUGCUUGUUGCUUUGUCUGGUUCAAUAAUCCCGCUUAUCCUAGUGAGUUUUACGGACCCACUGGACCAGCAACUUCUCAAGCUCAAGCAUUUACUUUUCUAGUCAGAGAUGCCUGUAUCUCCAAGUUAGUGUAUGCAGCAGAGACUGAUGCAAUCUUUGACUCCACUACUGAAGGAUCGGUCACGACCUCCAUUCCUCAAUUAACUAUUGAUGAAGCCAAAAAUAUCUUUAUAGAGAUGCUAUCUCGGGACCUAUCAGAAAUUCCUUAUUUGGCCGCACGCCUUACAGAAUCCAUCAGAGUCUUGUCACAGUGCUGUGACCUUACUCCAGCCCAGCUUGCAGAGUUGAACACCUUUAAGGUUGAGUUUCCAACACUUCUCCAAACUUACCAGACUUCCAAUCAUACUUUGAAGGAGGUUGAGGAAAAAAUGGCAGAAAAGCAAGGAACAAAGAAGUCUUUGGUUGAGAAAAUAAAGAUUGAUACAUUUGCAUUCCAAAUGCAGAGGGCUAUUCACACGGAUUUGAUAUCGAAGGAGGCCAAUCUGCAGGCUGACCUGACAAAGAUCUCUGAGAAGAAGAGAAGUGCUGAGAAAGAGUUGAAGCAACUGCAUGAAAAGAUGGUUAAUCUAGAACAGUCUAGAUCCUCUGUUCUUGAGGAGAUCUCAACUCUUGAGUCUGAGAAGAAGACUGCAGAGAUCUCUUUGUCGUCGGUCCAACAAAAGUGGACUAAGCUUAGGAACAUAUUCAUGGAACCAAACAAUUAAUCUCUUCUAUUUGCGAGGCGAUAAACAUUUGUUGGGUACUUUGAUAUUGUCUAUAUAGGUUCUUUCAUUUCA